AUGAAAUUUUUUGAUUUACACGAACCGGAAGAUGGAAAAGAUCGGUUCUUUUUAUAUGCAAUGAUUAUUCUUCCAUUUAUUGGUUCUGGUUCUUAUCUAUUUGAUGCAUGGUAUUAUUAUCUUCAUUAUUCUGAUCAAAGAAGUUAUUGUGGACUUUUAUCGACAAUAUUAAUCAUAUUUUCUUAUUUACAAUAUGCAGCUCCUAUUCGAUCUCGUCGAACACGCGCUAUUUAUCAUAUUCUUUUAUUUCUUGUUAAUGAAGGAGCCAUUCUUGGUUAUUUAUGUGCUUCUAUAAAACAACAUACAACAUUUAAAAUAAUAAUUUAUAGUUUUUUUCUUCUAAUAGAAAUUUAUUUUAUUAUUGGUUUACUUUAUUGUCGAGUUUAUAAUGAUUCGGAAUUCAAUAUAAUUGUUGAAAAUAAACAUUUAUUUCAUUUUAUGUCUCGUCUUGAAGUUAUUCUAACAAUUUUUAUUCCUAUGUAUUUAAAUUUUAAAUAUGAAUCAUUUACACGAAAUACAAUUGCUUAUUUUCUUUUAUUUGAUUUCUUUUCUGAUUCAUAUUCACGUUUCCAAGGUAUAUGGAUUAAAUUAACAUUAUAUUUAUUCGUUACUGCUGUUACUGUGAGUGUUGCUUCUGAAUGGUUCUAUUUCAAUGAUCAUCAACAUGUCUAUGAACAAAUUUCAUUUAUUGCUGAAAUUCUUUCAGCAUUUCUGUGCGAUACAAUUAUUAUUUUACAAUUUUUUCCAUUUCAUUUCAAAACUCGACAUGUAAUGAGUAUUGCUCGACAAGCAUUGGAUUUUCAUAAUGAUGUAUAUAAGAAUACAAUUAAACAUCAUCCAGUUGUACUCAAUAAUUUAGUACUGACUAAUCAAUGUACAUUAAGCAACAAUAAACUUAAUAAGAUGAACAGUGAAUCCCAUUCAAUUAUUGAAGUUUUUUGUUGA